AUGCCCCGGGCCCGGCAGCCAAAGCGGCACUUCACCACCACGCUCGUGACACGCAAAGACGACUCUUCUUCCUCGCCUUCACAACCCACGACCCAAGCGCCCUCGAGACUGUACACAUUCGAAGAAGUCCAAGGCCUUGCCGCUCACCCCGAAACACACCGCAUCCUCAUCGACGUGCGCGAGCCCGGAGAGCUACAAUCGACAGGGCGCAUCCCCGGUGCGCAGAACUUGCCGAUCUCGAGCGCGGCCGACGGCUUCUUCCUGCCCGCCGACGAGUUCGAGGAGCGGUUCGGCUUUCCCAAACCAAACGCCGCCGCCGACGAGGUCAUUUUUUACUGCAAGGCCGGCGUCAGGAGUCGUGCCGCCGUGGCGCUCGCCCAACAGGCCGGCUUUGCGAAGAGCGUCGGCGAGUUUCCCGGCAGUUGGCUCGAGUGGGCCCAGAGAGGCGGCCAUGUGCAGAGAUGA